AUGCUUCUUCUGAUGGAUGCGGACGGGUGGUACAAUUCAGGGGCUGCGCCGGGACAGGUUAUGCGAGAAACUCGCUGUUUUCGCCAGAGUUUCUAUGCAGUGAGGCGUAGUCGAGCAGCCGUAUAUCGGAAGCGUAUUUCUGAAGGCAGGGGGCUUACUCUCGCAACACUGCUACCCCCUGCAUCCCGCGUCACGACCGAAUUUACGUCUCAACGCAGCCUGCCGGCUGUGUUGUCGAACGCUUCUUGUUUUGGCCUCGAUUCGCGUGACCGUGGCCCAAGCCUAGACUCAAGUGCCGCCCACCGUAGAGAUGCGCAGGAUGCAAAGCGCCAGGCAGAAGCAGUGUCUGUCCCCGCAAACCGCUCUCAGGCUCACCGUCUCCCCUUGGCUCCGGACACCGACAUUGAAGGAGACCUUCCCACUGUAAUAAAAGGACGCGGUUCCGUUGGCUCCAGAGGGACUGUAGACAGUGUUAGCACGGAAGACCCGGAAGCAACCCGCAGCGGUUUUGGGCAUCCAGGAUUCUGUAGCCAUAGUGGAAGCAACGCAUCUUCCGGUUUUCUUCGACCGUACCGCGCGGCCGAUUUUGACGUGUCCAGCAAAACACCUUUCAGUGAAGACCCGCCGAGAGCGGAGGGCUCGGCAGGAUGGAAGGAUACCGCAAGCGCUCCCGCUUCCCUUGGGGACUGCGACUUCAACGCCGACCGGGGUCACCAGUCUGAUCCGGAGGGAAAACUUAGCGGGUUUACCCCGUCUUGCGCAGUACGUGUGCACGAGACCUUCGACAGGAGACGGUUUUGCGGUUCUGCCUCGCCCCAGAGUUCCGACGCCGACGAGACCGACAGCCUCGAAGACCGACUCGAACACACGCGAUUUCGAACUCGGUGGCAAAGAGAGGCGUCUUCGCCAAGCGCUGGACUAACAAGGGAAACCGAGGUACGAGGAAAGGGGCAGAGGCGGCACACGACUACGCCCAUCCAGGAUCGCUUGCUGCAGUCGGCAGGAGGGACACUGCCUCCUGACUUUGAAUUUGCUGGGCGCAGGCGUCAGACAUUAAUGCGGAUGUCGCUGGAAGAAAGGUUGUCCUUUCAGACGCGGUGGGUUUUCUCCAGGGCGCCCUGGGUCAUUCCUCGCAGAGCCCCUGCGUUUGAAGAGUGA